AUGAUUCUCGCAGAAAACCAGGCCCAGCCCAUCUACGCCCUGCGCGCCUACUCAGGCUUCGCCGGCGUCGCCUCUCUCAUCCUCCACUCCGGCCCAACAGAACGCCACCCCCCUCUCGCAACCCUUGACUUCGCCCCCUUCUCCCUCGGCAUCGUCGUAACUCUGCCACCGUCACCCAUCCCCGGCGUUCCCUCGGCCUUGUCCCUCGACCCCAUUACCGGCUUCGCCCACGGCGGCUACUCCUUCACCAUCGACGUCGGCACCUCAGUGUCCCACCCCCCGGGCUCAUCGGGACGCUGGCCCCUCGAAGAGUUCCAGUGGCGUCGCAGCCGGGGCGACGCCGUCGCGAGCCUUGGCGGCAGGGGCUACGGCUGGAAGCUCGUCAGGCUGGCUGGCGGGCCUCCCCCCGGUGCUGACCAGCAGUGGAGGCGCGCUGGCCUCGCAGCGGGGGCCCAUCGUGGCAGCGACGGCGCCGAGGUAGUGGCCGUGUGGAGCGAGAUGGGGUACAGCAUGAGCAAGGCGCUGCGGUUUGCCUUUUUGGGCACGGGGCUGACGGGGCUGCUUGGGGAGAGGUGGGCCAUCAUGGCUGUCAUGACGGCCAUGGGGCUGUUUGAGCGGGAGAGGCGGUCGAGGCAGAGGCGGCGGUUCUGA